AUCCGUACCAAAUGCCGCCUAUAACGGAGACGGAAAAUCUGCUUCACGUGCACUUCUCCACCAUCAUCUUUUCGUUCCCUGCCUGGAUGAACACGGGUUUCUUAGCACAAAUCUUGUCGAGGAGGGGCUCAAUAUUCUGUGGCUGCAGUUGGUGAUGCCUGGCUGGGUACAUUCUACAUCGUCUUGUCACUGGCCUGUCAAUGUCUGGAAGCCAUAUCACCUGACUCACACCGCGCAGCAGAGUCAGAGGCUUACUAUCGCAAGGCUCUGAAGGUAGGAAUGGAACAAGUGAUCGCGGGAGUGGGAUUCGAAGUCGUGCAAUUUUUAGUCCUCCUCACCACUUACCUUCUGAGCACCCAUCGAGCGAGCGAAAGUUGGUCAUUCCAUAGUCUUGCUGUCAAAUCUGCAUUUCUGAUGGCUCUUUACUCGAAGUCUUCUUUUUCAAGACUGCCGACUGCGGAAAAAGUACUACGUCAGAAGUGCUGGCUGUGUUUGGUGUAUAAUGACCGGUUGAUGAGCGUCGCAUUCGGCCGACCUGGCCUCAUCCAACCAUCGUACAGCACAUGCGAUUUUCCACCAGAAGAUUUGGACGAACUGCCACCACUGCACGUCACCAGGGUAAUUGCAUCAUUAAGCUUGCUGCACUUUAAGGCGUCAAUAACAUUGUCAACAAUUGUGGCAGAUUUCGCCGAGACUUUGAACCACGAAAGCUUGAGGAAUGUUCCAAGCCCAAGCGCGUCCGCAAUCAUCAGCAGGACCGUCCUGCUACUUGAAAGACUGUCAGAAUGGAGAUCAAACCUACCGAAAUCACUGCAGAUGGUGGAUCGGGAUGACCUCCCGGAUCUCAAGUUAUCAGGCAAAGGAGAGCUUUACUCAACCCGAUUUCGAAUAUUCCUGUCACUGAGAUAUUUGACAUCCCGAGUUCUCUUCUACCGGCCACUCCUGGAUCUUCAUCUGGAGCUGGAACCGCACGAAUAUCUCUUGGUCAACAGCGAGCCUCUUGGGGACAUUAUGUUGACGUUACUCAAAGACUGUGCAAAGUCCUGUCGACUUGUGAUUGACAUCGCAAAAGGCGUUCUCAGGGCUUCUGGCGAAGGUGUCAACAUCCAGGGUGCUUGGUGGCUUUCUGCGCAUUUCGUCUUUAACGCAUCGCUUGUGCUGCUUGGGAUAAAUCUGGCGAUGCGUCAAUCCGGCGACAUUUCGUCACACUCUUGGGUAACGACAGCACUCAUUGAAAACAGGAACUCUGUUAGCGAUGCGGUGGCUGUCAAGCGUGGUUUGGACCGCGGUAAUGCCGUCAUUGCGCGCUGCAGGAAUGCUUUGGUCAGACUCGCCAAGUCGUACGACGCCUCAGAUUCUCUCCCAGGCCCAGAUGUGGCGAUGUUGAAUCGUGAGCAGGGACCCUCGUCGUCAAGUCAAACUGGCCAAGAUGCACAGCAUGAGGUGGAUAACUACUUGCCUCUUGACUACAACUUCGACGAGCUUGCUUCGUACUCGAACUUCAAUUUCUUCUCUGAUCCGCCGCACCUAUAUUGACACAGAGAAACUCGAAGGUUAGCAAAGUUAAAUUGAGACAUCUACAGAGAGGAUCGAACAUCAUCUUGC